AUGGCAAAUAAAACAGCACUAAAAGUGUUAUUCGUGCCGAUCCUCGGCGAGGGUCACGUCAAUCCCUGUAUCGGUAUUGCGACCCAAUUGAUAGCCGACGGACACCGCGCGGUGUUUACGGCGAACGAUGUCUGGCGACCAAAACUGGCCGCUUAUGGCGUCGAAACGGUAGAGUUGACCGAUAGUAAUGAGGAUCCGGCCAAUGAUACGGACAGCUGCGCACAAUUCAUGAUAGAUUCGGGUAAAAUAGGCGGCGCGUCGGCCAUAGAGAAGGGCCGACUCGAGGCAUUCGGCGCCGAGUUUUGGACAAAACACGCCCAGUAUUUGGACACACAGUUGGCCGGUCUGUUGCCCGCCAUUCGGCCCGAUGUCAUAGUUGUGGAUCAAUUGGUGACACUGCCAUCAGUGGAGUUGUUGGGCAUACCGUGUGUGUGGUGUUGGAGUGUCGGCCCUCUCGUGAUGGUCGACGAUGAGAGGGCACCACCCGGUGAAUCAGGACUGUCCGCUACGGGAGACCCGAGACUGUGGCACGAGUUUCGCCAAUUGGUUAGAGACGUGAAGCGCGAGAAGUGGCGGGCGUUUAACGAUUGGGUGGUCGGCCGGGGCUGCGAACCACUGCCCGAACACUGCUUUCACAACCCAUCGCAUUAUCUUCAUAUAUACGGCUAUCCCUUGGAAUUGGACUAUCAGGACAUCCGUCCGUUGGGACGCAAUUAUGUCCGCUUCGAUAACUUUAUGCGCACCGAACGGCACAUGACAUUCGCUGUGCCGCCAGAGUUGGACGCAAAGCCCGGAAAGUUGGUCUACUUCUCGUUCGGCUCUCUCUGUCCGGUCGACGUGCAAAACAUGCGUCGAUUGGUCGCCAUUUUGGCCAAAUCUCCGCACCGUUUCAUCGUAUCGAUGGGUCCGAAGCAUAAGGAGUACACUCUGGCCAACAAUAUGUGGGGCGCGGAGUCUGUGCCGCAGUUAUCAGUCCUACCGCUCGUAGAUCUGGUCAUAACUCACGGCGGCAUAAAUACGGUGACCGAAAGCCUUUACUUCGGCCGACCGAUGAUAGCUAUGCCUGGAUUUGGCGAACAAUACGAUAACGCGCAGAGACUGCACGACAAGGGCUUUGGUCUACGACUGGACGCAUACAAGUGUUCGGAGGAGGAGCUGUUGGCCGCGAUUGAGACUCUGCUCAGCGAUAAGGCAUUGGCUGAACGCUUGGCCGAAGUCUCCCGAAAAAUACAAAUCGAUAAUAGUUUGGCAAAAGUUUCACAACUUAUUAAGAAUUUUGUUCAAAAUCGCAGCAAAUAUGUUGAUUAA